GCCUAGAUAGAGUGGAUGUGAGGAUGGUUCCGAUAAUGGGAGAGUCUAAGACCAUAUGGCACAGCCUCAGAAUAAAGGGACAUCCAUCUAGAGCAGGGAUGAGGAAAAAUUUCUUUAGCUAGAGGGUGGUGAAUCUGUGAAUUUUAUUGCUGCAGACGGCUGUGGAGUCAGUCAUUGGGUGUAUUUAAAGUGGAGGUUGAUAAUAUAUCGAUUUAGCAGAGCAUCAAAGGUUAUGGAAAAGGCAGGAGUCUGGGGUUGAGAUAAUAAAUCAGUCAUAAAGGAAUAGUGGAGCAGACCUGAUGGGCCAAAUGGCCUAAUUCUGUUCCUAUGGCUGAUGGACUUAGGGUCUCUCCCUCUCUGUCUGUCUCUCUCUCUCUCUCUAUCUCUAUCUCUCUCUCUGUCUCUCUCUCUCUCUCUCUCUCUCUCUCUAUCUCUAUCUCUCUCUCUGUCUCUCUCUCUCUCUCUCUCUCACUCUAUCUCUAUCUCUCUCUCUGUCUCUCUCUCUCUAUCUUACUCUCUCGCUCUCUCCCUGUAUGUCUCCCUUUUUCUCUCUCCUCUCCCUCUCUGUCUCUCUCUGUUCCUCUCCCUCUCUCUGUCUCUCCCUCUCUGUCUGUCUGUCUCUCUCUCUGGGAGCUGGUCGUUGGUGUUCAGCUCUUCUCUAUCAGUAGUGAGCCGGACAGAAACUCCGUCCCCUCUUUCACCUUGUGAUCCCAGCCACUAAUCUCCUUCGAUGCAAAUUUGUGAAUCUGUUAAACAGAGAGAGAGAGAGAUGUUGAGGUGUGUUUUAAGCAAGAGGUGGUUAAUGAGAAACUUAAGGUGUGUGUGUGUGUGAGCGAAUGUGUGCGCGUGUGUGUGUGUGUGUCUGUGUGUGUGUGUGUGUGUGUGUGUGUGUGUGCGCGUGUGUGUCUGUGCGUGUGUGUAUACGUGUGCGCCAAUCUACGUGUGGCGGAGGGAGUGUUGCGUGGAGCCCAGAGGCGUCCUUCGACGUGGAAGUGUUGAAGGCAGCAUGAUCCGAGCUGAAGCCUGCCAACAUGUAUGUCAGCUAUCUUCUGGAUAAGGAGGGGAACAUGUACUCUAACUCUGUGCGGCACCCUGCUCUCAACCUGAACCCCCAGAACUUUGCGCCUCCUCCUCCCCCUCCACCCACGUCGCAGUACCCCGACUUCCCUGGUUACCACGUCUCCAGCAUCGGGCCCGACCCUCACCACACCCAGCCGGCCGGGGCCUGGGGACCCCCCUACAUGCCGCCCCGGGAGGAAUGGCACAGCUACGGCGGGGCGGCUCCCAUGCCCGUGAGCUCCUCGGGGUCGCAGCUCCCCUUCGGACCCUCCGAAUUUGCCGCCAUUCAGCCGCAAGGCACAGCCGGGCUCCUUCCGCCCGUCAACACGGCCGUCCCCCAGCUCUCGCCUGGCUCCCCCAAGCGGAAUCCCUACGACUGGAUGAGACGGAGCCUACAGCAGAACCCUCAAGAUGCUGGAAAUCUAGAACAACACAUUCAAAGUGCUGGAGGAACUCAGCAUCCAUGGAGAGGAAUAAACAGCAAAACCAGGACCAAGGACAAGUACCGGGUCGUGUACACUGACUACCAAAGGCUGGAGCUGGAGAAAGAAUUUCAUUACAGCCGCUACAUCACAAUCCGCAGGAAGUCUGAGCUGGCUCUCUCGCUGGGGCUAUCUGAACGCCAGGUGAAAAUAUGGUUCCAGAACAGACGGGCGAAGGAGAGGAAGAUUAACAAGAAGAAGAUGCAGCAGCAGUCUCAGCAAGCCAGUUCCACCACCGCCAGCCCCAGGGCGCUGCCAGCUGUUGGACUGGUCAGCAGUAGCAGCAACCUCGUCCCCCAGCCCCUGCACCUCAACAUCAAAGAGGAGUACCUGUCCUAACCCAACUGCAGCCACCCUGUCCACCAGCGACCCCUGCCUCCAUCCCCCUCCCCCACCAUGGCCAACGCGAAGAGAGAGCUCAUCAAUGGCGAAAUCAGUGUCUCAAGACUGUCACUUCCACCCCCUCAUUGAGAGGGAAGAGGUGGCGAUGGGAUGGGGCGGAGGGAGGGCUGUUUACAUGGUUGAACGGGGUGCGUGGGGAACGGUCACCAGGUUGCACAGGAUUCGGGCUUGACCCCUGACCCCUGACUCCAAACAUCAGGUCGUCAGUGAGACUUAAGUACCUGAGGACCUGAUAUCAAAUGGAAAAGGUUGGACACAGAUGAUGAUGGUUUAGGGACUGUGCCUUAAGGCUGCUUACAGCUUAUCUUUCCCAUCUGAUUGAAACGUGUUUGGAUUUACUGAUAGAUAGGAUGUACUAUACUUCAUGUGGUUUGAAGACCUUUGUGUCUUUUUAAGACAGAGUGAAGAGAUGAGAUGAGCUUUAUUUGUCACAUACAAGAGAAAAUCUGCAGAUGCUGGAAAUCCAGAGCAAUACACACAAACUGCUGAGGAACUCAACAAGCAAGACAGUAUCAAUGGAAAAGAGUAAACAGUUGAUGUUUUGGGCCGAGACCCUUCAUCAAGACUGGAGAAAAAAGAUGAGAUGUCAGAGUAAGAAGGUGGGGGGGAGGGGAGGAAGAAAUAGAAGAUAGUAGGUGAUGGGGUAAAGUAAGGAGCUGGGGAAUUGAUUGCUGAAAGAGAUAAAGGGCUGGAGAAGGUGGAAUCUCAUUCUGGAACUGGAAUGGGCCUUAAAUCUGGUCCAUUGUAAACUGUACAUGACUGAGAGUCAGAGGGCACAGCCUCAGAAUAGAAGAACGUCCAUUUAGAACAGAGAUGAGGAGGAAUUUCUUCAGCAGAGGGUGGUGAAUCUGUGAAAUUCAUUGCCACAGAGAGCUGUGGUGGCCAAAACAUUGAUAUAUUUAAGGCAAAGGUUGGUAGGUUCUUGAUUAGUCAGGACAUUAAAGGUUCUGUGAAGAAGGCAGCAGAAUUGGGUUGAGAAGGAUCAUCAAUCAGCCAUGAUGAAACGGCAGAAUAGACUCAAUGUGCUGAAAGGCCUAAUUCUGCUCCAAUGUCUUGUGGUCUUCAGGGGAAUAAAAUGCCCUCUUAAGUACCAUGUGGACAGUUCACUGAAAUCAUCUCUCAUUCUGCAGGGUGCAUGGGAAAGGUCUCGGCCUGAAAUGGUCAUAGGAGCAGAUUAAUUUAUUUAUCACGUGUACGUGGAAACACGCAGUGAGAUGUGUAAUUUGUGUUAACGACCAGCACAACCGAACGAUGUGCUAGGGGCAGCCUGCAAGUGUCACCACACAUUCCGGUGCCAACACAACAUGUCUGCAGUGCUUGACAGACCACAGAACACAACAGAACAACAAGAGCAAAACAAGCCACGUUCCUCCCUCCCUCCCUCAUGGGAUGAGAUUGAGACAAGUAGAACAACAACAUUUAAAAUACAGGUUCAGAUUCACAUUCAUUUAUUUAUCACUCGUGCACAGAAACAGCAGUGAAAUGUGCCGCUUGUGUUAACAACCAACAUACCCAAGGAUGUGCCAGUGUCGCCACACAUUCCGGCACCAACAUGUCCCGCCCACAAUGCUCGGCAAAACAACGCAGAACACAACAAAAGAAACAGCAAAGCAACCCCCUUUCCUUCCUCACACCCACCUACCCUCUCACAGUCCCAUUUCCCACUGAUCCUCUCACAGUCCCAUUUCCCACUGAUCUUCUCACAGUCCCAUUUCCCUCCUACCCUCUCAGAGUCCCAUUUCCCACUGAUCCUCUCACAGUCCCAUUUCCCACUGAUCCUCUCACAAUCCCAUUUCCCAUUGAUCUUCUCACAGUCCCAUUUCCCACUGAUCCUCUCAUGGUCCCAUUUCCCUCCUAUCCUCUCAGAGUCCCAUUUCCCACUGAUCCUCUCACAGUCCCAUUUCCCACUGAUCCUCUCACAGUCUCAUUUCCCAUUGAUCUUCUCACAGUCCCAUUUCCCACUGAUCCUCUCACAGUCCCAUUUCCCAUUGAUCUUCUCACAGUCCCAU